AUGUCAAACACACAGUCUCAGGAUACGAAGCAAGAAGCUUCCGAACAGCCCCAGCAGCAAAAGCCUACCGUUCUAGAGGAAGAUGAUGAAUUCGAAGAUUUCCCUGUUGAUGACUGGCCAGAGAACGAGACAGAGCAGGCAACCGCGAACGGGAAUAAUGUUCACUUGUGGGAGGAGAGCUGGGAUGACGAUGAUGCCGCUGAGGACUUUUCGAAGCAGUUGAAGGAAGAGCUCAAGAAAGUCGACGCCUCGUCUUAA